UAUAAUGCAUCCCUAUGAUAAGCAGCCCCCAGGGCGGAAGAGGCGGGGCUUGUACUGUGUCACCUGUAGUGGUCUGUGUUGUCCUCUGUCCUAUGGCGGCCUGCUUCUCCCUGCGACUGCCUCUUCAUAGAGCGGUCAGAAUCAGUCAAUGGUGUCGUGUUCCUGCCCUUGGUAUACACACAACAGCUGGGCGCAUGCAAGCCAGUGAGAAAAACUUUGAGAAAGCACAAAAUGACUUGAAGACCCUUAAAAAGGACCCCGGAAAUGACAUAAAAUUGAAAUUAUAUGCAUUAUUUAAACAGGCAACACAUGGAUCAUGCAAUACUCCUAAGCCUGGCAUGCUGGAUUUCGUAAAUAAAGCAAAGUGGGAUGCAUGGAAGACACUUGGAACUUUAUCAAAGGAUGAAGCCAGGCAAUCCUAUAUAGAACUUGUAAACAGUUUGAUCUCUUCUGAAGUAGCUGCAAAAGAUUUUGCAUCACUAAGCACAGGUCAGAAAUAUGAUACAUUACAAGUUGUCAGUGAAGACAACAUAACUAAGAUAUUUCUGAACAGACCAGAAAAGAAAAAUGCCAUCACAUUGCAGAUGUACAGUGAAAUUUGUCUGGCUCUUGAUGAAGCUAGCAAAGAUGACUCAGUUAUUACUGUAGUGACUGGGCAUGGUGACUACUUUUGCAGUGGUAAUGACUUAAAUAAUUUUACCAAUAUUCCUCCAGAAGGCAAAGAGAAAAUGGCUAGUGAUUCUGCAGUCAUUUUACAGGCUUUUGUCAACAAAUUUAUUGAUUUCCCUAAGCCUCUUGUGGCUGUUGUAAAUGGACCUGCGGUCGGUAUCUCCGUGACUAUAUUGGGAUUGUUUGAUAUUGUCUAUGCUACUGACAGGGCCACUUUUCACACUCCCUUCAGCCAGCUAGGACAAAGCCCUGAGGGUUGUUCAUCAUAUACUUUCCCACGAAUUAUGGGCCUUAGUAAGGCUGUAGAAGUUCUUCUUUUUAACAAGUUGCUGACAGCGCAUGAAGCUUGCAAGCUUGGAUUGGUCACCGAAGUUUUUCCGGAUAGCACUUUUCAGAAGGAGGUUUGGGAGAGACUCAAGGGUUAUGGUGAACUACCCAAAAAUUCCUUAGCUUUCUCCAAGCAACUGAUCCGCGAGACUGAAAAAGAAAAGCUACACACUGUUAAUGUUCAAGAGUGUGAACGCCUCAAGGAGCGCUGGUUAUCGGACGAGUGUAUGAAUGCAAUUAUUAGUUUCUUCCAAAAGAAAGCAAAGUUGUGAUUGUAUUCACACUAGUAUGUUCUAAUAUAUAUAUAAUUUUCAUAUGAUUAUACAUUUUUUAACUAAUAAAAUGUCAAUUCUCA